AACUAAGCAAGACAGUAAGUCACAGUGGGCCUAUAGUUUCACCUUGGCAACUAUAGUGGUGGCUUGUCUGUUGGUACUUAGAUAUGGCUUUUGGAAUUAAUUUGUGGAUUGUGUUGCUUUGUUCCAUAUUCUCUGAACCUUUAAGAUCUGCUUGUGCUCCACAUGAUGCCCAGAGGUUAAGAGGCUACAUGUAUUCUGGCUCUUCCCAAGUGGAAGAUGAACAGAAACAACCAAGUGAUGGCUAUUCUCAGGAUCAAAUCAAAACAGCUUUUAGUACUUCAGGUUCUGUCCAGAGUGACGCUACUCCCAGAGAGACUGGACCCAACACCCAUAACCAGGAACUAUCCCCCAGAGGCUAUGCUUCAAGCUCGAUCCAGCCUGCCCCAAUAAUGUUAGGCCUCUCUGGCUCUAUAGCCAGUAGAACCUCUGUCAGCCACAACAAGCGUCACACCCUUGCCAGUAUAACCUCAGGCCAAGGUGUCACCAACCCUAGUGCAGUGAGGAUGGUUUCAAGUUGGGACGCAAAGGGAAUCCAGCCCAAAACCUUUUCGUUACAGCCUCGUUCAAGCAACUCUGGAUCUGUUCAGAAAUUCCUGGGAAGCCAUUUAUUCAAGUCAACCCCCAGAAUUCUGUGGCACAAAGUGGAAUUGACCAGUCCGUAAGGGAAAUGGCUUCCACCCCUUACCUUCAAGCUCCCUCACGUGGUUCUUCAGGGACUUCAUUUAGACCAGGUCCUCUGCAUUUUGGGUCUACUGAAGGUGGGAGUGCAACAAAUGUGUACAAGCCCAUCUUUUCUCAAUAUGUCAAGCCAUACCAGAGCAGCUAUGCUUCUGCCAGUAGUGGUUCAACUUCUAGUCAAUAUGCCCAGAGAAUAGAUGGAGCGUCCAGAAGCAGCAGUAUCCCUACAUCUAGCCUGGCGUCUAUCUCCAGUGUCUUUACGCCUAGUAGAAACUCCUAUGGAACCUACAAGCCUGGCUCUAUCCUUGGUGCAACACCACGCCAGAGCCUGUUUACCUCUAACCAGGGUGGCAGUGGUUCACUCUACAGCCAGAAUGUCCUUGCCACCAACCAGAAACCAAGCAGCACUACACCUGCCAAAAGCAACCACAGGCAAGUCUCUGGUCAGAUGGGGUACUACCAGCCUAGCUAUGUUGCCAGUAGUGGGCCAAUCACCAUCCUCUACAGUUCUGCCCAGGCUGGCAGUUCUUCAACCCAUGUCCAGAAACCAAGCAGCUCUAAAGCUGCCCCCAGGCAAAGCUAUACUCCCAAUGCUGUGAAGUCAAUCCCUAGCUAUGCCAGAGGACCUAACCAGAGCAUUUUCUUUAACCUCCAUGGCCCUACCCAGAGCAGGACCAGCACACCUCAAAGCUUUGCACUGGUCUCCAUCUACAACAUCCCAGCACGCUACGGUGGCACUCAUAUCCGUCGGCUCCAAGACCGUAUUCCUAGUGGGCGUAGUGCCUCCACUAGCCACUCCAAAACCAGCUCAAGUGUUAACAAGCCACAGCAAAACCACACUCCGCCUGCCAAGCAGGAAGGCCCCAGCACUGCCUACGUCCAAGUCUCACGCUCUACUAGAUGAGAGCCCAGAACAUGACUAAGUGAGAGCUGUAACCACCAGUUGAGGUGCUGAGACCAUGAUGUGAUGCCAGGCGUUUUACUUCAAUGGUUUCAAUAAAUAACGUUUAAUCUAAGUUCAGUCUUGCUGUUACU